CGGAAGCGGAAGCCUGGCUGCAUGGGCGGAUAAGAGCUGCUGCCAACCUGCUGGCCCCCCGCAUGCACUCCAGCGCCCCCACCACCCCCGCCAUGCAGCGCAUCAUAGCGGGCCUCUGGCACAAGCUGGUACGGCACACCGCCGAGGGGCUGCCCACCUCCCUGCAGCAGGACUGGCGGCUGCUAGAUGACAUGGCGGCUGGCCGCGUCAGCGGCUUCGCGGCCGGCUUGCCGCUUGGGCUGGACCCCACCUACUCCUCCGCGGUGGAGCUGCCGCCGCCGGCGCCGCAACUGCCGUCCAAGAAAACACAGCAGCAGCAGCAGGAGAAGGAGCAGCAGCAGCAACAGCAGGGGGCGGAGGAGAAGGAAGCGACCCAUGGGCCAGCAGCGAGCACGGACGACAGCAAUGAUAACGCCUCGGGGACGAGAUCCUCCGGCGGCGUCCAGGCGUCAAACACGCCCCGGGAAGGCUCUGCCAGCAGUCCUGCAGGACCAAGCAGCGUACCGUCCGCGUCCCCACCAGCACCCACAGCACCUGCACCACCACCACCGCCGCAGUCGGCUGCUGGGAGGUCGUCGUUGUGGUCGGCAUCAGGGGGCCGCUCCGGCCGGCGAGUGGGGCGGCUGUAUGCGGCGGUUCGGGCGCGGGUGGAGUACAAGGAGGUGUUGGCGGUGGCGGAGGCGCUGCUGCUGCAGUACGCGAGGAACUACUAGGAAGGUGGUAGGGCCAGCCGAGCCGCUAGGAACUGUCUAGCGAGGAAUGCAAUAGUAGCUAGGCGGGUAGGGAGCAAGGAGGGCUGUGUGAACAUACCAAGUUGUUGUGCAUCAGGGCGUGCUUAGCGCCGCCGCACACAGCGAGUCGGUAGCUGGAAGCUCAUUGUGUGCAAUACCGUAGGUGGAGUUGGUGUUGGUGGGGGUAGAAGUGUUGCUUGGGCGCGUACUUGGCACUGCUGCGAGGAGGGGGUUUUCCGGUGGUGGAUUUCCUAGAGCCGCUGACUACUGCGCUUGCGGCUGUUGCUGCUGCGACCUUGAGAUGCGCCUCCUAGGUAUCUUCCUGAUGAUGUCUUCGGUAGCACUGUGUACAUGCGAGUGCACUUCACCCCAUCCUGCGCGCCCACGUCUACCCACCAGUCGCAUGCAGUGCCCAGACAGGUACCGGAACACCCGGGACAUCCCGUUCGCCAUGUCAGAUACUGCAGCAUGUACGGUAUAACAUGCUGCAUGGAUGCAACGCGUUAUCGCGUCACGACCACUCUCUCCACACCGCCCCUCCUCCCACGACCAUCCCUGUCCGCUACCAUGUCACCUGAUGCCAUGCACUGCCCACCGCCGCAGCCCACCAUCACCACCACCACCACCUCAGAAGCACCAGGCAGAUCCAGACACGCAGAAGCUGCACCAGCCUUAGAUUUUCUCACUCUCCCCUGCCCCUGAUGCACAC